AUGGAUUUAAAAAAUAAUUUAAGCAUAAAGAGAAUCAGAGUGUUUGAAAAUUCUUUAUUAAUUUUCCAAAAAAUUAUUCUAAAACCAUUUCUAAGACCAAUAAAAUUUUCAUUAACUAUGCAACAUCAUUUUAAUUAUUUAGCUAAAUUGAAGCUUUUGGCUAUCUAUUUCUACGAGACCUUAUUUUCAAAAAGAGAUAAGACUUGAUUUUAUUAUCAGAAGAGUUAA